GACUCUUGUGUGGGUUUUCCAGCAUCCGGGGCUCCCUUGCUUCGACCCUGCAAGGAGUCGGGAAGCACCUGGGGGACGGGUGUCCUGGGCUGGGCAGGCUGGGGAAGACGCCUGGGGGCACUGCCCGGCGCAAACAAAGGAAACCAGCUGCCGGCAGGCUGGGGCGCUGAGCAGUCAGAGCAGCAGUAGCCGAGAGAGCAGCAAGCAAGGUAGAGCCAAUUGUGCAGGGCUCUGUAGCCAGCAUUCCAGAGAGAGGCAGUGAAGUCAUGGAGCCCAACUGAAGUGAACUGGCUGUCUUGAAACUGCCCCAGCCCUGGUGCCAGGUCUCUGUCCUAGUGCUGAGAUUCCCUACAGAGUCCUUCCUGUUGGCCAUUUCAUACAUCUCCUCUACCAUCAACCUUCUCUGCUUCUCCCAAAUAAGGUUGGUAACCUGGGGCCUGGCAAGAGGAAGGAACUCACCUGCUCCCACAGAGCCACGAAGGUUUUCAAAGAGAAGUCAACUCCAUGGACAACGAUUUGAGAGCUCAUGUUCUGUUUUUCCCGAGGACAGUACAUAAGCCAAUACCAUUCUAGGUGCCAGGCAGCUUACCUCUGACUGAUGGAGUGGAAUCCAGAGGGGUGUCUAGUGUGAUGUUUUUUUAUCAUUCUGAGAAAAAUGAGCCUUGGCCUCCAGACCCAAUAAAGCAAACAUCCCUUCCAUGGAGAAUAAUGCUAGACCCUGAGGACCCGGAGGGCCUGCAGCCCCAGGGGUAUUAGCCAGAAGCAGGUUUGUUUUCUUGCUCAGAGCAGAGUGGCUCCCUUGAAUGCAUCUUUCAUUAUGAUUCACACCAACUUGAAGAAAAAAUUCAGCUGCUGUGUUCUGGUCUUUCUCCUAUUUGCAGUCAUCUGUAUCUGGAAGGAGAAGAAGAAAGGGAGUUACUAUGAUUCCCUUAAAUUGCAAACCAAGGCAUUCCAGGUGAUGAGUCUGGAGAAACUGGCUGUGGGGUCUGGUUCCCAGUCUGUACCUUCAAACAUCACUCAGGACCGCCACAGGGGCAGCCAGACCCUCAGCAGUUCCAGGGGCUCAGUCAAGAGCAAGCCAGAGGCCUUCUUCCAGGUGUGGAACAAGGACAGCUCUUCCAAAGACCUUAUCCCCAGACUGCAGAAGAUCUGGAAGAAUUAUAUGAACAUGAACAAAUACAAAGUGUCUUACAAGGGGCCAGGGCCUGGUGUCAAGUUCAGUGCAGAGGCCCUGCUCUGCCACCUCCGGGACCAAGUGAAUGUAUCCAUGGUAGAGGCCACAGAUUUUCCCUUCAACACCUCUGAAUGGGGGGGCUAUCUGCCUAAGGAGAACAUUAGGACCAAGGCUGGGCCAUGGGGCAGGUGUGCUAUUGUCUCAUCAGCGGGAUCUCUGAAAUACUCUCAUCUGGGCCGAGAAAUAGAUGAUCAUGACGCAGUCCUGAGGUUUAAUGGAGCACCAACAGCCAACUUUCAACAGGAUGUGGGCACGAAAACUACCAUUCGCCUGAUGAACUCUCAGUUGGUCACCACAGGAGAAGGCUUCCUUAAAGACAGUUUGUACAAUGAAGGAAUCCUAAUUGUGUGGGACCCGUCUAUUUACCAUUCAGAUAUCCCAAAGUGGUACCAGCAUCCUGACUACAGAUUCUUUGAUAACUACAAGAACUACCGGAAGCUACACCCUGACCAGCCCUUUUACAUCCUCAAGCCCCAGAUGCCUUGGGAACUGUGGGACAUCAUUCAAGAAAUCUCCCCAGAGGCAAUUCAGCCGAACCCUCCGUCUUCUGGGAUGCUCGGCAUCAUCAUCAUGAUGACGCUGUGUGACCAGGUGGAUGUUUACGAGUUCCUCCCAUCCAAGCGCAAGACGGACAUAUGCUACUACUACCAGAAGUUCUUCGACAGUGCCUGCACGAUGGGCGCCUACCACCCGCUCCUCUUUGAGAAGAAUCUGGUGAAGCACCUCAACCAGGGCACGGACCAGGACAUUUACCUGCUUGGAAAGGCCACCUUGCCUGGCUUUCGGAGCAUUCACUGCUGAGUGUGGGCUCCCUGGCUAGGUCCCUCACCCUCUCCAUCAGGCAUUUAAUAGCCUGUCUUUUGGUCACCCUGGGCCUGGGAAGACCAUGUUCCCGAACAAUCCUUGCCUGCUCCUUGCACUCUAGGUCUUCUGUCCAUAAGAGCCCUGGGACUUCAGGAUCCCAAGGGCAAGGAGCCAGGUCCCGCUUGUCCCAUAGCCAGAGAGGUGUGUGAGCCCAAAGCCUCCUGCCACACCAUGUACAGACACAGCGCCCGUGUCUGAGGCAGACCGCGUCCUCCCCUCCUUCCGGACCAGUAAAUGCAAGAUCCCCGUUUCCUACCAGGGCUGCCCAAAACUGGGCGGUUUUCCCCACCUAAAUGAUGUUUUUCUCACAAACCAGCACUCUAUAUUGCUUGAAAUCUGCACCUAGACAUUGAUUUCAUGUUUUAAAGAAAUUCUCCCGAAUUAUGAUUAUACUUAGUAAAGAGUCGCUCUGGGAGGCCAGUAAGUGGCUCUGGGGGGUAAGGAAGUACCACAGGGCAUAGGAAACAUGCUCGAUUCCUCCAGAACACAGUUGCUCCCGAGGUACAUGCUCCCAGGAGAGGUCGUGUUUCUAUCACUCUGGUUGGUUUGCCUGGUCCUUAGCCUGGGUGCUUAUGUACAAGGGGUCUUUUUUUCAUUUUUUCUUUUUUUAACUGAGCCAUCCUGCCACCAGUUGGCAGCUCAGCGGCAGCUCAGCUCAGG